UUCACAAUGUGGACACUGGUUGUUAUCACGAUGGCCUUGUGGGGUGUUGAUGCCAAGGGAAUCAAACUUCACCUCUCAGAUGAGAUUAAGUCCAUGUUAGAGAAAUCUAACUGGGACCACCAGGACACAGCUCUGUCCAUUCACGGUCCAAUGACACUGGACGUCCAGUCAAGCUUUAAACUAAAGAAGGGACAAGUGUUUCUAAAAUCUCGGGUAAGCAGACACAAGGACUGUGCACAUAUAAAGAAACACAGACCUUUGAGUAGAGAUGAAGUGUACACAAUUUACCCAACCCCAGGAACAAACAAGACAGUGUUCUGUGACAUGACCACUGAUGGAGGGGGGUGGACGGUAAUUCAAAGGCGAAUAGACGGGAAAACAGACUUCUACAGAAACUGGACAGAUUACAAAAAUGGGUUUGGUCUUGCUGAUCAUGAAUACUGGUUGGGAAACGACGCCAUACACGCACUGACAAAGGAUAAAAACCAGAUUCUUAGAAUUGAUAUGAUGAAAUUUUCGAGGGGGAAAGGUCAUGCGAUAUAUUCAUCAUUUUUUGUUGAUAACGAGGCCAACAAGUACAAGAUGACGCUCGGGAGUUUCAACGGAACCAAGGGUUUAGGAGAUAGUUUGAAACAUUCAAACAACUCGUACUUCAGUACAGCGGAUAGGGAUAAUGACAACUCAGGUAGCCAUUGUGUACAAAAAUACAAAUCACCGGGGUGGAUGUAUAACUGUUUUCAAGCCAAUUUGAAUGAUGAGAUGAAGUCCAUGUUAGAAAAAUCUAACUGGGACCACCAGGACACAGCACUGUCCAUUCACGGUCCAAUGACUCUGGACGUCCAGUCAAGCUUUAAACUGAAGAAGGGACAAGUGUUUUUAAAAUCUCGGGUCCAUAGCAGACACAAGGACUGUGCUGACAUAAAGAAACACAGACCGUUGAGUAGAGAUGGAGUGUACACAAUUUACCCAACCCCGGGGACAAACAAGACUGUGUUCUGUGACAUGACCACUGAUGGAGGGGGAUGGACGGUAAUCCAAAGGCGAAUAGAUGGAGAAACAGACUUCUACAGAAACUGGAAAUAUUACAAAAAUGGGUUUGGUCACGCUGACCACGAGUACUGGUUGGGAAACGACGCCAUACAUGCUCUUACAAAAGAUAAAAAUCAAAUUCUUAGAAUUGAUAUGAUGAAAUUUUCAAGAGAGAAAGGUCAUGCGACAUAUUCGUCUUUUUUUGUGGAUAACGAAGCCAACAAGUACAAACUGAAGCUUGGAAGUUUCAACGGAACCAAGGGAUUGGGAGAUAGUUUCAGGGAAUUCAACAACAUGUACUUCAGUACAAAGGAUAGGGAUAAUGACAACUCAGGUAGCCAUUGUGUACAACAAUACAAAGCACCGGGGUGGAUGAAUAGCUGCUUUGUUGCCAAUUUGAAUGGUGUGUACAAAACAUCUCUUAAAGAUUACUCGGAAUUACACUGGCAAAGAUGGGGAAAGGUGGUGCCGCUAAAGUCAGCAAAAAUGAUGAUACGACCCAAGCAAACCAAUUAAACAACAACCCGGUGAAAAAUAAAUUUGGUGUAAUCAUUGUUUAUUUUUUCGUGAUUGAAACUAAUAAAGAAUC